AUGCAACGUUUUGAUCAGGCUUUGGAAAUCGAUCAACAGAGUAGGUGCGCUCAUAUACAAGCUGGUGUUUACGAACCUGCCCUUGACCGUGCUUUGAAACCACACGGUGUAACGCUGAGGCACUACCCGCAAAGCUACGAGUUCUCUACUGUUGGAGCUGAUACUGACGAGAUCACGAAUUGA